GGCAGCCAGCUGAAACAGCUGAAGGAGUCCGCCGACGAAGAAAAAUGGAUGACGUCGCCACAGCACAAAGCGAGAAUGAGAAUUUACGGAAAAUUCGCAAUCGCCUGAUGCAAUGGGAGUCCAAGACCGAUCCCCUGGCGGCGCUCAGUGUCCAGCAAGAGGAGCAUUUGGAUGUCUUGGCAAAUCUGUGGCGAGAUGCCGGACCAUCGUUGCCGGCAGUGGUGACCACACCUACGAUAGCAGAGCCAUCAGAUGAGGCGAGCGUGGCUGCCACACAGAGUACGGGCGAUAUAGAACUGCCUGCUGAGGGCCUUCAGAACACCAACGAUUUCCUGCUCUGGUUCGUGGACGUCAACGCUGAGAUCGAGCAACGUGGCGAUGCGGUCUAUCACAAAUAUCUGCAGCAGUUGGAGCAGCGCAAAGCGGAAUGCUCCCACAUGCUUGGCCAAAUCUCGGUGGCCAUGGAUCGCUUGGGCGCCCUGUCCGAUGAGUACGAGUUUGUGUCGCAAAAGACGAGCGCCCUGAACACGGCCAGCGAACAGUUGAUCGACGAGCAGGAGAAGCUGCAGGAUCUGAGCAACGAAAUCCAACGACGUUUGCAUUAUUUCAGCCAAGUUGAGCUGCUCAAUCAGCGACUGCAAAGUCCAACGCUAUCUGUGGCCAGCGAAGCGUUCCGGGAAUGCCUUAAUAAAAUUGACGAAUGCUUGAACUACAUAGAGGAGAAUCCCAAAUUUAAAGAUGCUGCCACCUACAAUGUCAAGUACAGACAAUGCUUGGCAAAGGCCUCUGGCCUGGUGCGAAACUAUGUCACCGGCGUCAUCAAUCAGGCCACGGAGGCUACACUGCGUCCCAAGAAUAGCGCAGCUGAUGCAUCCCACGCACUGCAAGCCCCCGAUGCUGCCUUCGCCUUGUACUAUGGGAAAUAUCAAACGGCAGCAGCGAAAGUUAAACGCGUGGUCCAGUUAAUUGAGACGCGUCUGGAGCAUAGCAACGACUAUGUCCAGCUAAUGACCGAUCUGCAGCAGCACUACUUGGCUCAGCGUGCCAGUGUGAUGUCGCCGGCGGUGAACCUUUCGAUACAGAAUGUUAAAACGGCCCACAAAGGAGACCAUUGCUCGUUGACACGAAGUGCAUGCGGAUUUCUGGUGCAUGUGUGCCAGGACGAGCAGCGUUUGUUUUACCAGUUCUUCAGCACAGGCGCGCCACAUCUUACCGUUUAUCUGGACGGCUUGUGUACGAUUCUUUAUGAUACAUUGCGGCCCUUCAUCAUACACAUCAAUCAUCUGGAAACGCUGGCCGAGAUCUGCUCCAUAUUGCGCAUUGAAAUGCUUGAAGAGCAUGUGCAGCAGAAUCCAUCCGCCCUGGAAGCCUUUGCCGCCAUUGCUCAUCAAUUGCUGCAGGAUGUGCAAGAGCGUUUGGUAUUCCGAGCACAUUUGUAUCUGCAAUCGGAUAUUCAGAACUUUAAUCCUUCAUCCGGUGACCUGGCCUAUCCCGAGAAGCUGGAAAUGAUGGAGAGCAUUGCGUUAUCCCUACAAGAGCCUACACCUUUGCGGCGUUCCGAUUCUCGCGUCUCUGUUAUCUCCAGUGCAUCGAGUGUGGCCGAAAGCGUCGAUACUUCCUACAGAAUCAAGCAAAUGAAUUCCCCUGCGGAUUUGCAUGGCAUGUGGUACCCGACUGUUCGCCGCACUUUAGUCUGCCUCUCCCGUUUGUAUCGCUGCGUCGAUCGACCCAUAUUCCAAGGCCUUUCCCAGGAGGCCCUCAAGCUGUGCAUCCAAAGUGUCUCGUAUGCGGGCGGCAAAAUUGCAGCUGCCAAGACGCCCAUCGAUGGAGAACUCUUUGAAAUCAAACAUCUGCUGAUCCUCAGGGAACAGAUUGCGCCAUUCCGUGUCGAUUUCACUGUAAAGGAAACAUCUUUGGACUUUAGUAAGGUCAAGACGGCUGCCUUUGGACUGCUGCAGAAGCGGAAACAGCUCUUUUCCAUGGGCAGCAACAAUGCGUUGCUUGAAUUCCUGCUCGAGGGCACACCACAGAUAAAAGAGCAUUUGCUUGACUCGCGCAAGGAAGUGGACCGUCAGCUGAAGACUGUUUGCGAGAAGUACAUCAGAGAUGCUGUGAAUAUGCUGAUCGGCCCCUUAAUCACAUUCCUGGACAAGGCACAGAGUCUGGUGGCACAAGCGGCCGCAACAACAGCCUCAGCGCCAGAGUCCACAUCGCCAAAGGCCAGCUAUGUUCUGCGGCAAAGCCCCUGGGCGAGUCCACAGCAGAUAAGCAGCAUCAUUCAGGAGACGCAGCGGAUGAUCAAGGCCAAGCUGGCUGUGCUCCAGCGAGCGAUGCAACUCUAUCUAAGCAAUCGUGACACGGAAUUUAUAAUCUUUCGUCCCAUACGCAACAAUAUCAUACAAUCGUUUGUCAAGCUGGAGCAAUUGCUGACCACAAACGGCUACUCUACAGAUGAUAUGAUCAUCACGAGCUGCCCGUCUGCGGAACAGGUAUCAAUCUUGCUUUCCAGUGCUAGUAUUUUGGCUGCAGAGGGAGUGGCUAGUUUUGCAGCGGCAGCAGCACGAAAAAUCAGCACCUCGUCCUCAGUGGAAGGUGCCACAGCAGGUGGCCGAAAACUGAGCACAAUGUCCAGCAGAGACGAGCUGCUGGAAGAGCCCAAGGCAGAGGAACAAGAGGCGGCUCAAUCAGAAUUGAAAGCAGGGCCAGUGGAGAGUGCGCCCGCAGAGAUUGUAUCCGCGCAGGCCAGCACCGAAUAGUUUGCAAUGUAUCUAUCCCCCUAUGUAACUUAUAUGUAUAUCUAUUUAUCUAGCUAAGCCAUGUAAUAUAUAUAUAUUGUAUGUAUGUAUGUUUAGAAGCUGCCUCCUGUAUCCAGUUGUGGUUUAUCCUUUCCGAAAAACAAAAUGUAGAAUUAACAUUGAUUUAUUUUUGCUAAAACCACGUAGAAUGUGACGAAGUCGAAGUAAAUUAUCAAACAAACAUUACAAUAACAA